GAGCGGGAAUAAGCACAGAAAGCUCCGUUUGUAAUCUCAUCUGCAGUAGCUUUUCACUCCGGGUUAAACAGAAGUUGUUACCGUUGGGAUUAAGGAGACUUUUGUCAGCAGUUCCGUGAAAAAGCACAGCUAGCACACUUUGUCUGUGAUGCAUUUUUAACCGACAGGAAAUCCUUGUUUGGACAUUUCAGCACUGGACAGCGGUCCGCGCGCGAGGGCGUUCGGCAUGUGGCAGGGCUGGUUUGUGACGGCUGUAGGUGGGCAGGAGCUGAGCGCGUGGAGGACCCUCCACAGCAUCCCCCCCACCGAGGCAGCAAACACGGGACUGCAGGAAAUGAGCAUCCCGCAGUUCCUCCUGAAGGGCUCCGUCGUGGUUUCGGCAGUUGUCGCGCUCUUGACGAACUUUUCGGUGCUGCUAUGCUUCACCCAGAGCGCAGAGUUACGAUCCCACGUUCCGGGGAUCUUCACCCUAAAUCUCUCCAUCUCCAACGUCAUCCUCGCUCUCAUCAACAUGCCGGCCACUUUUCUCGGCGUGGCCAGCAGCGCGAAGCCCCUCAGGGACCCGCUGUGUCGCGCCGUGAGUUUCACCGAGACUUUCAUCACCUGCAACGCCAUGCUGAGCAUGGCCGCGCUCAGCGUGGACAGGUGGGUGGCGGUGGUGUUUCCUCUCAGGUACUCCAGCAAGAUGCGCUACCGGGACGCGCUUGUGAUCGUGUCCUACUCCUGGCUCCACUCCUUCACUUUCUCCCUGAUCCAGCUGAUGAUGGGCUGGGGGGCGUACAGCCACACGUACGCCUCCUGCACGCUGCACCUGGACGCUGAGGCGGCGUCGCAUCGGAGUGCCUAUGUCACCUUCACGGCGCUGUUCCACUGCAGCAGCUUCGCGCUCUGCCUCUUCGUCCUCUGCUUCGCCUACCUGAAGGUUCUGAGAGUCGCCAGGUCGCACUGCAAGAGGAUAGAUGUCAUCACAGUGCAAACUCUGCUUCUGCUGGUGGAUAUUCACCCCAGUGUAAAGGAGAGGUGUCUGGCCCAACAAAGGAAGAGAAGGCGGCGAGCCGCUAAAAAGAUCUGCAUCUUCAUUGGUUCCUUCAUCAUCUGCUUUUCACCGUAUGUCGUAACGAGGCUUGUAGAAUUGUUGCCCUCGGUGGAUGUGCCCCGACAUUGGGGCAUUGCUACCAAAUGCUUGGUCUAUGCCAAGGCAUCCAGCGAUCCAUUCGUUUACUGUCUUCUGCGACACCAGUACAGGAAGGUCCUGGUGAACGUCAUCUGCCGCUUAGUGAGAAAGGACCACUACUUCCUGUCUGCGCACAGCACCAGCAGCGUGUGGGACACCUCGGAUGAAAACUUUCCUGAGAGGAUAACUUGAAGUCACCUGGUUUGAGUUAGUUGAUUCUUUUGUGUCUUGUCAAGGGAGAGGGCAAACGUUAGUGUUUGGAGAAGAGGUCAAGGCCUAGCCCAGGGAGGUCACUUGAACACACCGCUCUGGUACAAAGACCAAGUAAAUCUCAAAGUGUCCCAGACUCUACCGCUGUCUGCAUGGCUGCUAUGUUGGUGCGCUGAAAACUAAAGCAUCCUGUUUAUCACCAUCUUGAUGUGUCUCUGGAGUGAUGUAAUAGUGAUCUUUGCAAGAGACUGUUGGAAAAAUGUUACAGCUGAUAUUAUUUCUUGUGUUAAUGAAGUGUUAUUGUUGUGCACAAAAUAAAAAUAAAUGUGUGAAGCUAUUAAA